CCUCGUAUAUACAGUUUAGACAGUUGUUUACGGCGUAAAAUGCAAAUGCGCUACAAAUGCAUUUAAAACGACGUGGUAUUUCAUAAAAAGUACUUCCAGGUAGAAAACAACCUGUUUUUAAUCGAAUAACUAAAAUUAAAAGUUGAUUUUCAAGCUGUCAUAAAUUGACAUUUAAGUAGAUGGCGCAGUCGUCGCGGUGUAGAAAUCGGUGUUGAUGUUCUGAAAUAAAAUAAACUAAAACCAUGUAUAUUACGGAAAUAGAAAGUAAACAAAGAAUUUCAGUUCGUGUGUGUAAAUCUUAAAGCUCAUCUUUUAUCUUCGAUAGUUCCACGUAGCGUUCUAACUGUGUGAUUUUUUUUGUAAUCUAAAGAAAUCUGCAACCAUUGUUUAGAUUUUCCAGACACAUGGAAGGUUUUGAUGCUAUUUAUUAUGAAGAAGAAGAAGAAAACGUGGAGGAACCUGAACCAGCGGAUGUUUCUUUGGUUCCUGAUCCUGUCAUAAUUCGAGGUGCAGGCAACAUGACUGUAUUUGGACUGAGUAAUCGAUUUAGUACUGAGUUCCCUAGCGGGCUGGUAUCUCGAGUGGCCCCCGAAGAGUUUAAAGAAACCGUUAUGCGUAUUAAUGCAAUCUUGAAAAAGACACUUCCGGUUAAUGUGAAGUGGCUUUUUUGUGGUUGCUUAUGCUGUUGUUGUACUUUAGGUUGUUCAUUGUGGCCUGUUAUUUGUCUUAGUAAGAGGACACAGCAUUCCUUAAAUAAGCUUCUAGAAUGGGAGAAUAGUUACCUGUAUAAUAAGCUGGGGUUGCAUUGGCGUUUGACCAAACAACAGUGUGAUUCAUCAUCCAUGAUGGAGUAUGUAAUUUUAAUAGAGUUUUUACCAAAAAUACCUAUAUAUAGACCCGACUAGCACAUAUUUGGUUACUUUAUGUAAAUACGUAGCGUUAUAUAUAGUACACAGAUAGAUUUCAUCCGGAAUCUCUAUUUUACCAUUUAAUUUUUGUAAAUAUUGCAAUAUAUGUGAUAGUAGGUCAUAUGAAUAUUUUGCUUUUCUUAGUACAUUGGUCAACAAAAUUUAUACAAUAGUACAAAUAAAUUUUAAUAAGAAAUGUUUUAGUUAACUUGAGUGUGAGGUGCUCGAUUGAUAUUUUCCUAAUUGAUUUAAAUUUAUUUAAUGUAUUAUCAAAUAUAGUUGUUGUGUAAAUUCGUUAUAGGUCAAAUUAGUUGCUUAUAUUAUUUGUAAUUUAACAAUAAUUAAUUUUUUAUAAGUUAUGGGUAGGGAAUGUUUACAGUUUUAAAGUUGGUUGAUCCAUUUCUUAAUGAGAAAUGGUUGAUCAUAUCUAUACUUUAAAAUUUAUUAUGAGUUCAGUUGAAUGUUAAUUUGAAAACUUUAUAUAUAAAAUGUAGUUUUUAAUAAAUUGUUAAUAACGUAUAAAUGUGCUCAAUUUAAUUUGAAUUUAUGUAAGUUUUGGUGUUUUUAAAACUCUCUUUGGCUAAACUAACUUACACUUUAAAAUCUUGUUGCAAAAAUCGUCUUAGCGUUUGUAGUUUUCUUUUCAAAUAAUUGUAAAAUUAAGCGAUCUUUUUCUUAAAUGGUGUAUAUCUACUACCUUUAUGAUGGUAAACCUAAUUUAGUUUUGUAAGCUGACGUUUGUAUUUUUAGUCAUUGUACCUCAAUUACAAACGCGACUUUUCCAACAGAUCAAAUUUAAUACGAGUCCGUUAAAUUUUAAUUAAUCAAGCGACAGCUUAUGAAAAGAAAUGUACUGUGUAUGAUACAACUUAAACGAAUUAAGUAAACAUGAAAAUUUUUGAUAUUGAUAUUUAAUUGUUAUAGAAUAAAUGUUUGUUAACGCAUAUUGGUACGAAUUAAGUAUAUCUCAGAUUUGUAUUUAUAAAAAGCCAUAUAUCCAGAGAUGUGUCUAGAGCGCAUACAAUAUCAUACGAUGUUUUUUCAUUUACUUAUUUAUUUGUAGGUAGAUACUGUCAGUGUUAGGUAACUGUAUUUUUUCUUCUCAAACUUUAAUAAAAUUCUAAAUGUCUAU